CUUUUACCUCAAUUCAGGGGAUAUCCAAGCUUCUGGGUCAAGACGGUGAAACGAAUGAACCUCGGCAACAACAAAAGAUACCACGUCGUCCUUAUCACCAUUGCUAAUUUUCUUUUCUUUUCCCUCUUGAACGCAACAGCGACUUUACUUUGAAGUUUCCACCCUAUCCGUCUGCCUCGCAAAACCGACGCGCUUUCUCUCGUGCCAUGAUAUAGCUUGGAGCAUUCGACGAUUCCCUUCAUUCGAUCCGUUCCUAGCUCAGAAGAUCAAUACAUCAGUCCCCUCGGCUCGUCCCAGCGGACAACGAUCUAGACUUCAGCUAUAAGAAUCGCAGACAUGGCGUUGGCAACGGCCGCAGCAUUGGCCACAGGCCUGGCUUACCUCGAUGCCAAAUAUCACCUCUCGAAAGACAUGUCGGCCAUGCGCGCCCACCGAGCCAUUGUCAACUCCAGAUCAGCCGCAGUAAAGAACGACCGCGUCUCCCCCUACCACGCCUUCGCCGCCUCCGCCACCCGCAACCCGACCGCGGAAGCCAUCUGGACCCGCACCGGCUCCUACACCUGGGCCGACGUCCUCACCCAAUCCCACCGCUACGCCCACUUCUUCCUCGCCCGGGGCGUUCGGCGAGAGGAAUUCGUCGCGCUGUGCAUGCAAAACUCGGCCGACUACAUCUUCGCAUGGCUGGGUCUCCUCGCCAUCGGCGCCGCUCCGGCCAUGAUCAAUCACAACCUCGCCGACGAGGCGCUGCUCGGCUGUCUUCGGACGAGCAAAGCCAAAAUCAUCCUCGUCGAUGGGAACGAGGAGCUCUUGAAGAGAGUGGCGGAUGUGCAGGAGGGGUUCCAGAGUCAGGGGGUGACGACCCUCCACCUGCCAGAUAUCAGGGACGAACUUUCCCGGAUGAGCUCGUCCGCUCCAGAAGAUGCGCUUCGCAAGGGGCUGCGGCCGGGUGAUCCCAUGGCUCUGUUCUACACCAGUGGUACGACUGGCAUGCCAAAGGCUUGCAUUCUGCCUAUCGCAGCUUCGUUCUCUCUGAUCCGAUCGAAUGAGCUAGGUCUCCACCCCGUCAGUCCUAAGAAUGAGCGAUGCUACGUCUGCAUGCCAUUUUAUCACGGCACCGGAGGCAUCACCAUGCUGUCCCAAAUCCUCUGCGGCUCGACCGUCUGCGUCGCCCCCAAAUUCAGCGCCUCGAGUUUCUGGCCCGACAUCCGCGCCUCCAAGGCCACCUGGUUCCUCUACGUCGGCGAAACCCUGCGGUACCUCCUCGCCGCCCCGCCGUCCCCGGACGACAAGGCGCACACGGCCCGCGCCGCCUACGGCAACGGCUGCCGCCCGGACGUGUGGACCCGCUUCCAGGCCCGCUUCGGCAUCGACACCCUCGGCGAGUUCUACAACUCCACCGAGGGUCCCCUGGCCCUGCGGAACCUCGCGCGCGGGGAGUUCCUCGCCCACGCCGUCGGGCACCUCGGCUUGUUGAUGCGCUGGCGGUAUAGGGACCAGUACGUCUUCGCUGCCGUGGAUCCCGACACGGGGGAGGUGUGGCGUGAUGCGAAGACGGGGCUCGUGGUGCGGUCUCCGCAUCAGGUUGGGGGUGAGGUGUUGGUCGUCAUGCCCGGAGAGAGGCCCUUCCCUGGGUAUUACGGGGACGAAAAGGCGACGGAGAAGAAAUAUAUCCGAGACGUGCUUAAGAAGGGGGACUUGUAUUACCGGACGGGCGACGCCAUGAGGAUGGAUGCUGAUGGGCGGUGGUUUUUCCUCGACCGACUGGGCGACACAUUCCGCUGGAAAGGCGAAAACGUAUCGACCGCCGAGGUGGCGCAAGUCCUGGGCGCCUACCCAGGGGUACACGAGGCAGUAGUCUACGGCGUCGAACUGCCGUGCCACGAUGGCAAGGCAGGCGCCGCCGCCCUCCACCUCGACCCUUCUGCACGCGAUAAGUUCGACUACGCAGGUCUUCUCAAGCACGCUCGUUCCAAACUGCCCAAGUACGCAGUGCCCAUCUUCCUCCGCAUCCUCCAAAAUCAGACGGCGUCGCACAAUAACAAACAGAACAAGGCCCCGCUGAAGAGGGACGGCGUUGAUCCAAGGAAGGUGCAGAUCGACCAACUAUUUUGGAUUGAGAAGACGGGCAAGGGCCAGACGUAUGUGCCGUUUAGGCAACAAGACUGGGAUGGGUUGGUGGCAGGUAAAGCCAAGUUGUAAUAGAUCGUUUCGUCUUGGCUGUACGAUAGUAGAAGUAGAGGUAGAGGUAGAUAGUCUCUAGUUAUACCGGUAUAGAUUUCAAAUCUUGGGGAU